CCUUUAAAUUUAAUGUAUGUGAUUGGCAGCACUUUUAUGGGAAAUAACGGAGAAGUAAUUUUUGGACUAGACAAUCGAGUGAAAUAACUUUGCAGCUAAGUUUAUUAAUUUAAAAAUUAAUCGCGGGGACUAUACAUAAAUAUUUUGUGCCAACAAAAAUGGAUGAAGUGAAAACUUUCUUUGACUUCACUAAAGAAUUUAGGCGUGUUCCUGUACCGCGAGGAUGCGUUUCGGGUAACAUUGCUGCUAAUGCAGGCAAAGCUGAUAGUGGCAGACCCAUUAAGCGCGAAUAUUUCGGUGAUCAAUAUUCCAAACAGAUUGCCGAUCAAGAACGAAAACGAAUAUUAGAGGAGGACGACCCUAUGAAUGAAACACGUUCAUCACGGCAUGGUGCAACUUCAUCUACAUGCAUGGAUGAACUUGAAGAUUUAAGUGAUGAAGAUGAUGUUAAACCAAAGACAAAUCGAAUUGAUGACAAUGUAUAUACACGAUAUAACUUUAAUUUGAAUCGAGAUGAAUCGCUUCCAAUACACGAUAACAAAGACCAAAUUUUGGCUGCUAUACGUAAAUAUCCUGUGGUGGUACUUGAAGGUGAUACUGGUUGCGGAAAAACUACACAGGUGCCUCAGUAUAUACUCGACGAAGCCUAUGGAAAUCGGGAGUACUGCAAAAUUGUCUGCACACAACCACGCAGGAUUGCAGCAAUAUCUAUUGCUAGACGUGUUUGCCAGGAGAGAAAAUGGGAAGAAGGUUCCGUUGUUGGUUUUCAGGUUGGCUUGCAUGCGAAAGUUUCCGAAGAUACACGCUUGCUGUACUGCACAACUGGUGUACUGUUACAAAAACUUAUAAAGGAGAAGUCACUUAGACAUUUUACGCAUAUUAUUCUUGACGAGGUGCACGAACGUGACCAGGAAAUGGAUUUUUUACUGAUAGUUAUAAGAAAACUGUUGACUACAAAUUCACGCGGUGUAAAAAUUGUACUCAUGUCAGCCACAAUCAAUGCUGGAGAGUUCUCUGAUUACUUUACCAUACGCCGCAAUCCGGCGCCAGUGCUGCGCGUUGAUUCACGUCGCCUUUAUCAGGUGCGCGAAUUCUAUUUAUCCGAUCUGGGUCGCAUCAAUAGUACGAACACCGAUGUGGACGUAUCUGAUCCUGGCAUAUCGAAAGAAAUGUAUAAUAUUGCCUAUAAACUGAUUAUUGUCAUAGAUAAUAUAGAGAAGCAGGAAGCUUCUGUUUCCAUGGAUCCUAGCUCUCUGCCACAAACCUCGAUUCUGAUCUUUCUACCUGGUAUCAAUGAAAUUGAUCAAAUGUGCCACAAAUUAGAAUCGUUAAGCGAAUCUGUUGACAAUAAUGUAAAACUCUUUCCUAUACGCCUACAUUCAUUAAUCUCGCCGGAUGAGCAGAGCAAAGUAUUUAAUCACCCACCAACUGGUUUUCGUAAAGUAAUAUUGGCGACAAAUAUUGCGGAAAGUUCUAUAACCGUGCCGGACGUUAAAUACGUCAUUGAUUUUUGCCUAACGAAGUCACUGAUCACUGAUACUGCUACAAAUUUCUCGUCGUUGCAACUGCAUUGGGCAUCACGUGCCAAUUGUCGUCAGCGUGCUGGUCGUGCGGGUCGUGUAAUGAAUGGCCGUGUCUAUCGCAUGGUCUCAAAAGAUUUCUAUGAACACUAUAUGGAAGAAUUUGGUACCGCUGAAAUGUUGCGUUGCCCAUUAGAAAACGCAGUGCUUAAAGCCAAAAUGCUUGACAUGGGUCCACCGCCAGAUAUACUCGGUUUGGCUAUGACACCGCCUAAUCUCUCGGACAUUCAUAACACGAUAUUGACUUUGAAAGAGGUGGGCGCACUUUUCACCACCGUUAAUGGCGCAUAUUCCAUACAAGAUGGUGAUUUGAGUUUUAUGGGUCGUGUGAUGGCCGUCAUGCCAUUAGAUAUACGUCUAACACGUCUCAUAUUGUUGGGUUAUAUAUUCAGCGCUAUGGAAGAGGCGAUUAUAAUCGCUGCCGGCUUGAGUGUGCGUUCUAUAUUCCGCUCUGGCGUCGAUCGUCGUGGUCGUGAAAAUACCCAAGUGGAGGCAUAUAUACAAAAACUAGUUUGGGCUGACGGUUCUGGCUCGGACUUAUUUGCAAUUUUAAGAGCUUAUCGUCUUUGGUCAUCGAUGCGCGAACAACAAAAUAUCCACGAGGAAGCCAGCGAACACUAUUGGGCCAAUCGUUAUUUCAUCAAUUUGCGUUCAAUGAAAGAAAUGCAUUUGCUUGUGCUGGAAUUACGUGAACGCUUGCAAAGGCUUGGCAUACGUGAGCAGCAUGCCUAUCAGCGUGUUUGCUGGAUUGAUCGCGAAAAAAUAAUUAUAUUGAAAAUCAUUAUUGCUGGCGCUUUCUAUCCCAACUAUUUUACACGUUCGAAUUUGAAUGAUACCGAACGUGAACGUGGUAUUUACCAUACGCUCUGCGGCAAUGAUCCCUGCAAUACCGUCUACUUUACCGGCUUCAAUACACGCCAUAUUGGCCAAUUGUAUACGGGCUCCAUUAAGGAACUGUUUAAAUUUAUGCGCAUACAUCCGAAGAAUAUCGAAGUGCGUUUUCAGCCAGGCGCCGAACGUGUGUUUGUCACUUUCAAAAAAGAUCAAGAUGCCGAUGACGAUGGUGGUACGUAUCGGCUGCUUGUGCCGGGACGUGUUUGCCCUGAUGUUUAUAAGGCUGUGCGCAUGCGUAUGCUUGGCAUACGCACAAGCAUACGUGUCAUGGAUCCACGUAACGAGGUGCGCUAUGCCGAGGAGCGUCGUAUUGGCACAAUGGUGGAAGGUGUUUGGCAACCGGUCAAGAAGCAAAUCAAAAAUCCUGAAUUAGUUGUCUUGCCCUCUGUUUUUCAAAAAAUGAUACGUGGCUACAUAACUCAUAUUGAAAGUUGCAGCAAAUUUUAUUUUCAACCGCUUACGGAAAUGGAGCGUUUACGUGAAAUCCAUGCACUCUUGAAUAGUCCCGAAAAUCUACAAAGCGGUCGUUUCCAAAGUCCUGCCGCCAUAGCUAAAGGCAUGAUGGUAGCCGCACCGUUUGAAAAUAAAUACCAUCGCGCUAGGAUAGUGAAAGUGCUAACUGCGGCUCGACAACAUUGCCAAUUUAAGGUAUUCUUCGUCGAUUAUGGCAAUACUGAUGUUAUAGAUUUCGAACAAUUGCGUCGCUUCUCGCGUCACUGUGAGUCGCUUCACGACAUACCGCCGCGUAUGUUUGAAUGUCGCCUUGUAAUGGUCGAGCCGUCAACGGUGAAAUGUCCCAGCGGCAAAUGGCCCGAUGAAGCAAUGGAAUUCAUGCAACAGACAGCCGAUGCGGGUGUGGUGGAAAUUGAAGUUUACUCCGUGGUGUCUGGUAUUUCGAAUGUGAUCAUAAAAACCGCUACAGGCACACUAAACGAUAUAUUGGUGGAAAAGGGGCUCGCACAUAAAUCGGAUGAGAAUUAUAUGUCCAAGGCCGAUCAUGAUUUCCGCUUACGUAAACAAGUUGUUGCUACACGUUUCCUCGAUGAAGAUCAUUCCAAGCAAAAUGAAGAAUAUUUACGCUCCAUACAACCGGAAGCCGAUGUCGAAGUGGAUCCACCACCACGUGAAUAUUGCACCAAAACUAUUAACCUACGCGGUCCAUAUAGUGCGCUCGAGACGAAAAUUUUCUCCGCCGUGCGCAUAGGCACCUGGAAGAGUGUGCACGUCGAACGUGAUUCGGUGAAUUCCGUAUUGAUUGACACAGAUCCGCAGGAUGUGCACGAACGUCUAAUUGUUGCGGCCAGCAUUACGGAAGCGCAAAACACCGAAACGCUUACGGCGCGCGCGACGACACUUAUGCCAAAUAUACAUGGUUUUAGCGCAUUAAUGACGCUGCUCUUCUGUCCAACCAUGCAGAUAAAACGUAAUAUUAACAAAACCAAAUAUGUGGCAAUACUAGCGGGAUUGGGUUAUAAUAAGGAUAACUAUAAGCCACUCUAUGAGGAGCACGAUAUUGUCUUGAAUCUAGAUGCUGACAUUACAAAGGACGAUUUAGAGUUGAUUAAUCAACUGCGCUACUGCAUGGAUACCAUGUUAUAUACGGAUCCAAGUGAUGAGCGUCCAACUAUUUUGCCAAAUAUGCGCGCCGAUUUAUCGGCCAAAAUUAAAAACUUAAUUAUAAGAUUAUUGAACAGAAAUCGCAAAUAUAUUGAAACACAUGUGGAUAGUCACGAUAAUGUAUGGCAACCUUACGAUGUAGAAGACUUGAUCGAAACCGAACCCAUUUACGGUCAUCGCUCACUGUUCCCGAUGCAUUCAGCACUCAAAUUGUACGAUGAAAAAUUCGAUCGCAUACACUCGUUGGGCGUACACUGUCAGGAGUUGCAUCGUUUGUGUCAGUUUGAUGGCCCCAUACAAACGCUCACUUGUCAGCUAUGUAAUCAAAAUUUGGAGAAUAUCGUACAACUACGCAUACAUUUGCUCUCUCAGCUGCAUCGUGAUCGUGAGCAUCAGAUACGUUUCAAAAUGCCGCGUUAACUUUUGCGUUAGUUUGUAUAAACUACCUGCAAACGCUAUUUUCCACACGCAAUAAACGAAAAAACGUUAUUUUCCACACACCAUAAACGAACUAUAUUCGUUUAUUUAAAGUGUGUUAGUAUUUCUAAGUUAAUUUUUAAGUUUUCUACUUCUUAUAUAUGACAUGGUACAUACCCGAAAGCGAAUUUAAAAAUAUUACCACUUAUAUACAUACAUACAUACAAUUUUUUUUUGAACAUAUUGAAUUGAAUGUCCAUUUGUUUUGAAUUACCAUUUUAUUUUUUUUAUUAAAACUUCUCAUUAAUUUGUAAUUUUACGUAUUAAUAAACUUGCUACUCUACAUAACAUA